AAGUGCAAAACUCAACAUUGACUAUAAUAUUUUCCUGUAGUGCAUAUAGGGCUAGAUUCUUGGUCUUGCUUGUGUCACUUCAAGCAGCUGGAGUGUCACAAAGUGACCUUAAAGUUGUCCUAAAGGGGCAGCUGAGGAUUUCUCUGGCCGGGGAAAAAUCCUAGGCUGCUGGUAUAAAACCCCUCCUGAGAUGCUCUCAUGCAGACAGAGGAGUGGUGGGGAAUUGUUCUGGGGUGUAGUGUUGUGUUCAACAGAUUUCGGGCCAGUGCAGCAGUCUGUAAGGGGCUGUUCUAGCCCUCGUACAUUAGGACAGCUCUUUGGUUGCUCUAACUUUUAAGCCAGGGCUGGCUCAGAAGCAGGGAAGUUCAUAAAAGAUGGUAAGAGCCACCCUUGCCAAUAUCCACCCCGGUAUAAGAACAUGCACAGUGGCGUCAGGCAUGGGCUUGAUGCCACUGAAAAUUGCACACGCAUUUCUCAGCUCCUAAGAACAGCCCUGAAUUCCAAAAGCUACCAAUAUGCUGAGAAAUCUACAGUAGCUUCUGGGAAGUACUAUCCAGAGAAGCUGCAAAAUCAUAUAAUUUAAGGUCCAAUGUGAUUGUGCACAAGUUUGUUAAAAAAAUAACCCAUUUUGAGUUUGUGUAAGUACAACAAACAAACAGCACUCCAAAAGUAAUAUUAGAACAGUGUUUUCACAGGUAAUUUUUAAUUAAAAAAAAAAUCAACUUUAGCUGAGUAGUCAUGAGAAAUAUAAUUAGUGAUACGUUUUUUGUGUAUGGAAAGUUUCUAAGUGCACAGAAAGUCUUUCAGUGAAAGAACUAGUUGGUUCUCAACAACUAUAAUAUCACUGCUGCUCAGUGCUGUAAGUUAUAUAAUUUGAUUUUAUUUUGUUACUAGUUGACAAUGUAAUUUUUAUUUUUACUCUUGUCACCACAAGAUGGCUCCGUGAACAUUUCUUUUGGUAUCCUAUGAGAAAAUUAACUGUACUUGUAGGUCACUGAAAAUUAGAUGAGUUUAUGAAUGUAGAAAUUUCAAUAUGUAAACUCCUGAAAAAGAAUACUUUGUCUAACUUUUAACCUAGCCAGUAAUAAACAUAUAAUGGAUAAAUGACAUGACAAAAUUGCUAAUUUUGUUUGUAAUCUUCCAAGUCCUUUCCUUUGCCUUGGUUGGGACGCUACUUAUUAAGUAUAGUACAGUUCAGUUAAACAUCAUUAAGACAUCAAAAUUAAAUGUUAAGAAAAGCAAAAAUAAAGUAGUAUAAUUUGAAAGGGAAUGCUACAGCAGUGAUUCAAAUGAACAAAACAAACCCCCUGACAAAGUGUCUUCAAAUAUCUUUUAGAGUGUGGACUGAAAUAUCUAGUGGGAGCAACCCCACAGGGCACCACAGCAAAAGUUUAUAUACUUGCUCCUUGAGGGGUGGGCUUGGAAAUUCUCAAAAGAAGGUUGCAUCAGAGUUCAGACACCCCAUUGCAAGACUGAUGAAGUUUUUUUUAUAUACAGCUUGGUUCCUCCUCCUGUAAAAAUACAAUCACAAAAUCAAAGAGAAAUUAGACUGUGAUGUUCAUGAAUUAUGUUGAGAGUGGGUCAAAACUUGGAAUUUAACAAUUCUCAUCCUAAUUUUGGAAUUUGAAUUCUGACAUUUCAAAAAUUCCUUUUGUCCCAUAUUGGAACGAAAAGUUGAAAUUUACUGUGAAAUAAAAUAUCUGAACAAUUUUUUGUUUUGCAGUAUUGAAAUGACCAUAUCAAAGGUUAAAGCACUUUGUUUCAUCUUUAUCCAUUAAUAGAAUGGCUCAUUUCCCCCCCUCAAAACUAUUUUCACAAUUAUACUGUAGCCUUUCAGGAAUAUACUCUUCACUUUUCUCCUGUUCUUGACUUUGUUGUGGAACAGCCAUUCAUAAAUUAUUAGUUUGAUGUUUUCUAUUGCAAAGAUUCUUCCUGACAAGAGUAAAAAGACAGUCCCCUCUCUUAAUGAGCUGGUUUUACUUCCUUAUGCUAAAAGACAGGCUAGUUCCUGAUACUAGCAGUAAUAUAGAUGUUUACAGUGCUAGUCAUCUUGUUCUCACUCCUCCAUUUCUCAAUCAGGAACUACCAUAAUUAAAGAUAUCACAAAGAAACUUUACAAAUUCAUUGGUUUUGUGACUGAUUUUGGCUCCAUUUUAAAAAAAAUGAAAAUAAUAAUAGUUUAUUGGUAUUUCUUUCUGAACUUCCCUAUCAUUUGUGUAAUGGAAUUGGAGCUGUUUUGUAAUAAUUUAUAAAUACUGUAUAUUGACCUGACUCUUGGGAUUUUUGCUGUAUGAAUGUGUUGUUUUUGUUUAAUAGGGGACUGUAGGGAAAAGGAAGCAGCGAAGGAAAGAAUGGCUCAAGAUAAAACACUUGAGCAAAUAUUUGAGAAUUAAGAGGCAAUUCCAGUUCAGGAAAGAACUAUGCAGAUUUAAUAAGGGUCACUUUAGCAAAGGUGUGAGAGGGCGCUUGUUCAGCGCAACCAGGCUGACACAGGCACCCGUUAGACUGAGCGUCUGAAGAAGUUAAGGCCUGCCUAAGUUACCAUCAGACAAUGAUGUGCCCUUCACUCUAAAAGCUUUGUUCCUAUUCAUAAAUAAAUACUACUUUGUUUUUAAGAAGCCUGUCCGCACACUGGGCAUCACUAGUCUUGGACUGCCAAAGGGAAGAACCUCAGGUGUCCAAACUCAGUUGGACCUGCAGGGUGAGAACAGUUGACAUGCAAGGUACUGUAGUCCAGGCCCUGAUUUAAGUGUGGGAGAACCGGAAUUCCACCCCAGGACAGAUAAAGGCAUGACGAAGUGCACUCAUGCAUCACACUUCUCAUAAACUAUGACUAAUAUAAUACGAUCUGACCACUGUGUCGUGCAUGACUGGAAAGUAAAUUGGUAAAACCCCUUCUCAGUCUUUGCAGAUGAAAUCAUUGAUAAAAGAAUGAAAAGUUCAUUAUAUGUUUUGGCUAGUAGUUUAAUUCUGGACACUAAUUAUUUAAUUUUUAAUAUUGGGUCUUAGAUAGGAGUCAGUGGUUUUGCAAAGAUGUUCUGGGGAGUUCUUGUAGAAAAGACAUGUUUAGGGAUGUUUUGCCACAUAGGUUUACUUUUUUCCCUCCCCCUCAAAAGCAAGAUCUGUACAGUUGUAAAUAUACAGGUUUCAGUAAUUUAACUGUUUGUUUUUUCAGCUGUGAAUAAAAUUGUUAUAGUCAUUGUCUUGGGACAGUGAUUAGCCAAAGUUAUGCAAAAGACCAUAUGUUGCCUUGAAAAACCUAAAUGGAUGGAAACCUAAAAUAAAGUGCUGUUUUUCAAAGACACCCAUUUUACAGAAGGGGAAUAUUAAGUGCUUUUUUUUUUUUUUUUUUUUUUAAGUUCUAUAAGCUGUGUGACUUUGGGAGGAAUACAAUUAGUACUAGCAAUUACUAGUUGUAAUUUAACAUGCCAUAUCUUAUGUAGAACUGUUAUGGAAAGUUUCAACCAAAUUUUGCAUGCUGUUUUGUAGAGGCAGACUUAAAACAUUAGCUCCUAUCGAGUAUCUCUGAAAAGUUUCCUAGGUUAAUUUUAUCCACUUUAAUCUCCAAAAUGACUUAACCUACAAACUUUGCACUUGAUGUGUCUUAGUGCCUUUUAAUUAUCUUAACAGAUGUGUUGAAAAUAGAAAAGUGGCUUUUCACAUAAUCACGGCUUUUCCCUUACCCGUAAGGUUUUUAGGGUGGACUAAAUGAGAUGAUAAUGGAGGCAUCACAAAUAGACUUAUACUCUGAGCAUAAGGAGCAUGGAAGAAGUCACAGAAAUGGUUGUGGUAAAGGAGAAAUAAAAGAUUGAGUUAUUGAGUCCAACGCCUUUCAGAGUUACAGGGUGUCAUACAGAAUCUCCACUCUGGGUACAGUAUACACAAACAACAUAAAUCUACCUAUAUAUUACUUGCCUUGUGAAGUCCAUAAACUUGUUGAGGCUCCUAAAACAUGCAUAGAAAUAUAACCAUGUGUACUAUUAAAAUCAGAAUGUCUAAAAUUGAAAACAGAAUUUUAUCCAUAUGUCCUAAAAUUACUAUUUCUACCAAUUCUGAAUAUUUAUAAUAAAAUAAUAUGCUGAACAAGCACUAUCAAAUUGAUAUCAGUACUAUCUAUUGCCAUCACCCAAAAAUUAUAUACACUUAAAAAAUAAAAUACUAUUCACAUAUUUCUACUUCAAAAAUACUACUUAACAGAUCAUCUUCAUAUGGGAAAUAUAUUAAUAUAGAUAAUAGAAAAAUGUUUAAAUACUCCUCUGAAGAAAUGUUCCAGCAAUUAAGUCUAUUACCAAACAAACCCUUUCCAGCUGGAAAGAGAAUGUCCAGAUAGGGUAGUGUGUGAAGCUAUGAAACAGCUGGAUGUUUUGAAUAUGAAUUUCAUAAAUUUUAGAAAGCAUGGGGUUUUGUGUGUGUUUAUAUGAGCAUUUGACAGAUCAGAUAGGAAUUCUCUUUCAUACUUAACUAUUUCUCUGAAAUGAUGAAUUCUGGAUCUUUGGUUUUAUUCUGAAUUUUAGUUCAGUCAUUUUGAGUCACUUAUAGUGAGCAUGUCCACUGCUUCUAGUGCUUGGCUAUGGAUUUCCGUUUCAAGUUUUAUUUUUUUGUUUUGUGAAUUUUGACAAUUGAUCCGGCUUUUGUGUAUUUACAAGGUGAAGCCACAACUGCCCCCAAAUUCCUUGUCCUCCCUUUUUUGGCAAUGCAAAUCAACUUUUUUUGACAUAUUAGUGUCACCAUACAGUAAUAGUCCACUAGAGGAAAUUCUGUAGAAAAGUUAUCAAAAGCAUUGUGCUUCCUGUCUAUAUCAUAGUGUAUUUUUAGCAUGGAAGCUCCUUAAUUAAUCAAAGUAAAUAUCUUUUCUGAAGGUAUGCAAUGCCAGUGGGAAAUAUGAAUGGGGACAUAAGUAGCCAGAAAUCUUUGGUACUGUUUGUUUCCUUGGUACCAAUGUUGCUGCGCUAGGUUGCAAUCAAUACCAAGUAAUGGAGUAUAAAUCAUUGUUUAUUUAGAGUCUGUUAUUUAGUUCAGUCUAAUUUGAGGCUGGAGUAACUUUUAAAAAAAGAAAAACCUUCCACAGCUGUGGACAAUAAUGCAAGAAGGAAUAUUAAGUAUUAAACUCUUCACCCAACUUCAACUCUAUUUGAAUGUCCAAAAAAGGUUGCAUGAAAGGGUUGGCUGUGUAUUAAGCAGAUGUCCUUGGUAGAUUUGGGAAAGAAGCUUUUAGAAGCAGCACGAGCAGGUCAAGAUGAUGAAGUUCGCAUUUUGAUGGCAAAUGGAGCACCUUUUACCACAGACUGGUUGGGAACAUCACCACUUCAUCUAGCAGCACAGUAUGGGCACUAUUCAACAACGGAAGUAUUACUUCGAGCUGGUGUAAGUCGGGAUGCGAGAACCAAAGUGGACAGAACUCCAUUGCAUAUGGCAGCAUCUGAAGGCCAUGCAAACAUAGUAGAAGUCUUACUUAAGCAUGGUGCUGAUGUUAAUGCAAAGGACAUGCUAAAGAUGACUGCUCUUCACUGGGCUACAGAACACAAUCACCAGGAAGUGGUUGAGCUCUUAAUAAAAUAUGGAGCAGAUGUCCACACACAAAGUAAAUUUUGCAAAACUGCAUUAGAUAUUGCAAUAGACAAUGGGAAUGAAGAUGUAGCAGAAAUAUUACAGAUUGCAAUGCAGAACCAAAUCAAUACAAAUCCAGAGAGUCCUGAUACUGUGACAAUACAUGCAGCCACACCACAGUUUAUCAUUGGACCUGGAGGGGUGGUGAACCUUACAGAUGAGACGGGAGUAUCUGCUGUACAAUUCGGAAAUUCAUCAACAUCAGUAUUAGCUACAUUAGCAGCUUUAGCGGAAGCAUCCGCUCCACUGUCCAACUCUUCGGAAACGCCAGUUGUAGCAACAGAAGAAGUAGUGACUGCAGAAUCUGUGGAUGGUGCAAUUCAGCAAGUUGUCAGUUCUGGAGGUCAACAAGUUAUUACUAUAGUUACAGAUGGCAUUCAGCUUAGUAAUCUCCAUUCAAUUCCAACCAGUGGAAUAGGUCAGCCAAUCAUUGUGACCAUGCCAGAUGGACAGCAAGUAUUAACAGUACCAGCAACAGACAUUGCUGAAGAAACUGUGAUCAGUGAAGAACCACCAAUCAAGAGGCAGUGCAUUGAGAUUGUUGAAAAUCGUGUGGAAUCUGCAGAAAUAGAAGAGAGAGAGACUCUACAGAAACAGCUGGAUGAGGCAAAUCGAGAAGCACAAAAGUAUCGACAGCAGCUUCUAAAGAAAGAGCAAGAAGCAGAGGCCUAUCGGCAGAAAUUAGAGGCAAUGACCCGUCUCCAGACUAAUAAAGAAGCUGUUUAAAUAUUGAAAUGGACAUAUUGCAAAGUCUGUUACUUUCAGUCAUGAAAACUGCAGUACAAUCUUGAACUGUACACUGUAUAGGUACAGAAAUGAGAUUACAUAAUAGCAAAGAUGCUACAGGUUGAUAAGUGGACUUAGCCAUGAGCUCUGAUGAAUUUCUUGUAACAUAAAAACUGAAUUUAGAAAUUGUGAAAAGUAUUUAAAAUGAAAUACUGUAAAUAGUUGUUUUUUUACAGUUCCAAAGUGAGUUGAUAAAUCUUUUUGAAGGGAUCCAGAAACACAAGAAGCCAAUGUUUUUGUGAAAGUUUGGAUUUUAGUAUAAAUCUAAUUUCUGAAAAACAGAACAGUUUUAAGGGUGAUGUUGCUGAUAAAGAUUGACAGUUUGAAAAUGAAUUAUGUGACAAAAUGAAUUAAUAGUUAUUGAAUAAGAAAUGUCCUGAUGGAAAUCUUUGUACAACUUUAAGUAGUUGUCUUAGAUUUUCUGAAAACCCUUGUUUUAGAAAGUGAAAAUUUUAUAUUUAAUUUCCAAUAUAUCCAAGUAGAUUUACAUGUAUAUGAAGCUAAUAUUUUUUAAACUUUUCAGUUUGUACAUAUGCUGCAUGUUUUUAUAAUUUCUACAUACAUCUUGCAUAAGUAUUUUUCAGCGAAGAUGAGGAAAAUUAUGAGGAAAAAAUGUUUAGCCUAAAUGUCACUUGAAGUAAGCUAGCAGCCAGUUUUAUUGUGAAUGGUAUAUUUCUUGGAAGAAUGUAAUUUGUAAAAAUAAAAAAAAUCUUAAUUUACUUUACACAGACAUUAUCUGAAAAUGCUGACAGUGGGGGGGGGGGCAUUGAAACUUCACUUUUCUGUGUGUCUUAUAACUUUCAUGUGCAAACAUUUUUAAAGUACAGAAGUAUGAAAGACUGUCUCCACAGGAACCCACAUAGCAAUUCCUUUUAAAUAUUCUUGUGAAGCUGUUUCCCCAAUAAUCUUCAGAUUAUCUCAAGGACACAUUUUAUAAACAGACUUUUGCAUUUAAAUUAUGCACCUGGACCUGAAAGUUUGAUGUUGUUUUGGUGCUCUUGUUACCUACCAUCAUUGUGCUUCACUGUGAUAAAUGUGUCUCUGUGCAGUGAUCUGUAUGAAUACUUAGCAUUUAUAUAGUGUUUUCAUCUUCAAAGUGUUGUAUAAUCAGUAAAGAAUUAAUCAUCACUGUCCCCUAUGGUAUGGACAUUAUUGCCCCCAUUUUACAACUGAUGUAAGCAUGAUACAGAAAGGUUAAGUGAUUUGCCCAAGGCCACAUUAAGUCAGUGGCAGACCCGGGAAUAGAACUCAGGAGUUCCCGACUCCUAGUCCCGUCCUUAGCUCAGUCUGCCUUAAGACUGUUUGUUUGUUUGCUGUGUUACAUUCAACUUUGAACUAUUGUGCGGAUUCCUUUUUUGUAAAACAUAACUUGUCUUUUAUUUGUGCUUUGCUUUGUCUUUCCAUGUUUCACUGCUUUUAUGAUAUUGUUUAUGUAAACUUAAAGUCUAGUUUGCCUAUACUGUAUUCAAAGGCAUUGCCCUUAAAACUGUACUCUGGCCUACUUUUUCUAUUUUACAAUUAAAUACCUUUUCCACAUA